AGGUGUUCUCAACCGUGGAACAAAUGUUCGCCAAACACGUGUUUCACUGGGACAAUAGUGAAUGGUGCACACUUGCUUCACCAAGCCACAGAACAAAAAGUCACAUUUAAGAGUUGCUGGUGUAACAAUUGGAAUAACAUAUUUGACUCCUCUUUUAUACAUGCGGCUAAUGAGACGUCCAACAGAUGAACGGUCGUCAAUAAGAACAUCCCCUUCAGCAGCAGGGUGGGGCUUCUCUUUGAGGCAGGAGGAUCCACAGCCUCCCCACAUUAAAGAGGAAGAGGAGGGUCUCUGGGUUACUAAGGAGGAAGAGUGUCUUCCAGGGCAGGAGGAGGCUGAUCUCACCAAGUUUCCACUGACUGUUGUCUCUGUGAAGACUGAAGACCAUGAAGACAAACCACCUGAUUCCUCACUCCUUCAUCACAGUCCAAACAACUGUGAAGAACAUCUUCUCCCUGAGCAACAGGAGUGGAGCUUCAGGAUGGGAAAGGAGGAGCCACAGCCCUCCCACGUUAAAGAAGAAGAAGAGGAGGAGCCACCGCCCUCCAACAUUAAAGAAGAAGAGGAGGAACCCAGCAUCAGUCAGGAGGGAGAGCAUCUUGGAUGGUUGGAGGAGUUCCCAGUGAUUGGUGUGAUUGUGAAGAGUGAAGAUGAUGAGGUCAAAGGUGAAAGUGAAGAGAAGAGAGAGGCGGAGCCUCCAAGCAGCAGCUCAACUCAACACAUAACAGAAGCUGAUGGAGACCACUGUGGAAGAUCACAAGCAGACAAGAUCUUAGCUCCACUAUCAGAUAGUGACGACACAACGUCUCACUCUCCUGACACUGAUGAUGAAGACUCAAAAGAUAAGACAUGUCACACUGACAACACACACUUUACGUGUUCUCACUGUGACAAAACUUUUAAAUACUGUGGUAAUCUAAAAGUACAUAUGAGAAUACACACUGGAGAAAAACCUUUUACCUGCUCAGAAUGUGGUAAAAGAUUUGCACGAAAAAAUGUGUUAAAAGUACACAUGAGAACACACACUGGAGAAAAACCUUUUACCUGUUUAAUAUGUGGUAAAGAUUAUACUCAAAGGCAAUAUUUGAAAGUACACAUGAGAACACACACUGCAGACAAACCAUUCAUGUGCUCAGUUUGUAGCAAAAUAUUCUCUGUAAAAGCAAAUUUAGUAAUGCACACAAGAAUACACACUGGUGAAAAGCCUUUUAUCUGUUCAGAAUGUGGUAAAGGUUUUAUACAAAGACAGCAUUUGAAAAGACACAUGAGAAUACAUACUGGAGAGAAAGUGUAGAGUUGCAGUGUGUGUGGUGAAAUAUUGUCUUCUAAGUACCAGUGUAAGAAACACAAGUGUGCUGGUGAGAACAGCUGCAGCAAAUGAAGCUGCAGGAUUUGGAAUAAACUGUCAAAACUCA